UGGUGGCAAGGCCCGGGGCUGAUCCGGUGCCUGACUGGCCGGAUUUGGAUCCGAAUCUCUAUCCUGAUGACCGCUGGCCCGCCAAUGCACCAGGGCAACGUAGACCCGCUGGGAAUUGGGGGACCGGUGGUUCGCAAAGGGGGCGUGGUGGAUCCGGCAGGAGUGGGUUAAGAGCUCAGAGUACGGGGUCUCAACACAACUAUGCCAGCUGGGGCAGCUGCUUUAUCUGUGGAGCAGAGGGGCACUGGGCUCGAAGUUGCCCAGAGGGUCCCAAUAACUACCCGAGGCGGGGCUACUCACGCCAGGCACGCGGAAACAUCAGAGGAGGAGCUGCGUACAGGGGGGCGCACCAAGCUCCGAAUCCCAGUGCAGCGCCUGUCGCCCAGUAUCCAGUCGCUGACUGGGGCUGGGACAGGGAGCAAUACUGACGCCGCCCGGAGAGACCGAACAGUGUGGGUGCGGCAGAACCCAUGCUGUCGAUGACCGUGGAAGGUACAGAACUACCCUUCCUGGUGGACACUGGAGCAACUUAUUCCACAUUGAGAGACACACCUGACUGUGCAACGCUUUCAAAUAGCACAGUCAGUGUUGUGGGUUUCUCCGGGAUUCCGAUGACUCUGCCACUGACUGAUCCAGCUUUGACGCAGCUGGGAAAACAGACUUUGAAACACCAAUAUGUGGUGUCACCACAGGUGCCUGUAAAUCUCAUGGGCAGGGAUCUGCUUGUGAAACUGGGAGCAACUAUUAUGUGUUCGGCAGAUGGCCUGACGGUCUCUCUGCCAGGAGGAAAAGAAUUCCCGUGCCUGGGAUCGCCUUCAAAGACUCAAUAUCUGGUCAGAGACCCUGAGCAGUCCACAGCAGAAAUAUACUGGGGACGACUGGUGGAGGAAGGCAUUCUGAGAAUAUACCAGCAAUGGAGACCCUGGAUAAUGAGCUUGGCCGUCUACUCUGAGCCUAGAGAUCCUUACCACGUCACCCUUUUUUAUGAUAAGGAAGAAGAUGACACCUAUAGGGAACAAUUUGAGAGUGAUCUAGAGGGAGAAACUUGGAAUGUAAAAACACACAAUAUUUACAUUGGACCAGAAGGUGUCGCCGCGGCUGUCAAAUUAACGGAUGAACAAUUGCCCUGGUGCAAUGUGGGAGAGGAUUCAGCCCCUCACAUUACUUUGGCGGUCCAUGUUGGUCAUGAGGCACGAGAACUAGGGCCAAUGGUCAAGCGGGCGCUGGACAACUCUUGGUGGCAAGAACACAAAGAAAUUUCCAGAACACAUGGCAGAGAGAAAACAGAUCAUCCAGACGCGGUGGCUGAACUCCCCAAACUGCCUGACACAUUGUGGUCCAGAGGGCCAACUGAUGUGGGUUUAGCUUCCUGUUCACCUGUUCUUUUCGAGCUGAAGUCGGAUGCGCCCAUCAAUAAACCACAGUACAGGCACAAACCAGAGGCUGACGCAGGUAUUGCAGAAACCAUUGAAGGGCUGUUGCAGGUAGGGGUGUUAGAACCAUCACACUCAUACUGGAACACGCCUAUUUUACCAGUUGAAAAACAGGGCACGGGGAAAUACAGAAUGGCACAUGAUUUGAGAGCUAUUAAUGCCAUAAUACGCACUGAAACUGUUCCUGUGCCUAACCCAUACACAGCUCUCACUGCAAUUACAUGGGACCAGAAAUGGUUCACUUGUAUUGAUUUGGCUAAUGCCUUCUUUUGUCUUCCACUGCACGAGUCACUCAGAGACAUUUUUUCAUUUACAUACAGAGGCAGACAGUUCAGAUACACACGGUUGCCACAGGGCUUUGCACUGUCCCCAGGCAUUUUCAAUCAGGUGCUGAAAGAAGCCCUGUCACCAUGUCAAUUGCCUGAGGGCUGCACAUUAAUCCAGUAUGUUGAUGACCUCCUAAUUGCAGCUCCUUCCAUGGCGGCGUGUGCGGCAGCCUCGCUCGCAGUGUUGAAUCGACUGGCAGAAUGCGGCUUCAAGGUCAGUAAAGAAAAACUGCAGCUGGUCCGACCGGAGGCGUUCACAAUGACCCCACUGAAACAACAGAGGUUGAGCAAAGUUUUAGAUGCACCUAACCUGACAUUCACACAUGAAGGGAUUAAUAUGGCAGAUUUAAUGGGGUCAGGGGAACCACAUGAUUGCGCGAAGAAAGCCCAGGUUGAAGAGAAAGUGAGAAAGGAUCUAAAAGCGGAACCCAUAGCAGGAGCAGAGGAGUGGUUCACAGAUGGAUGCUGCCACAGAGAUGAAGAAGGACUUAAAGCAGGGUAUGCUGUAGUUCGCAGAGUAGAACAGGAGUAUCAGGUAAUAGAGGCAGGAAGGAUUGAGGGACAGCAGUCAGCCCAGAGAGCUGAAGUGAUAGCCCUGAUCCGAGCGCUGCGGUUGGCCAAGAACCUGAAAGUGAACAUUUACACUGACUCAGCAUAUGCGUUUGGAGCCGCACAGGUGGAGCUGGCUCAGUGGAAGAGAGCUGGAUACAGAACUGCAACCAACGCACCGAUCUGCCACAAGAAGGAAAUGGAGGAACUGGAGAAAGCCCUAGAGGAUCCAGAUGAGGUGAGUAUUGUAAAAUGCAAAGGACAUUCACAGGGAGACAAUCCGGUGGCAAGAGGAAACCGGACAGCGGAUGAAGCUGCAAAAAAGGCCGCAGGCUACAAAGGACAGAGACAGAUGGUGCAGGUAACGGCAGAAGAGGAGGGGAGCACCAACACCUUGGAGGAGGUCAGACAGGCUCAGAAGGAAGCAUCCCCAGAGGAAAAGGGGGUGUGGCAGGCUAGAGGAGCCUGGCAGGAGGAAGGCCUGUGGAGGAGCCCGGACGGGCGUCCAGUUUUGACGACUAAAAUGGCAAAGCAGAAGUCAACAGGCUUUACCCCGUACGAGCUGCUGACCGGGAGACAGUUUCCAGCCCCUUGGACAGUGGUCUCGGCGGAGCAGCCCCAGAAAAGGAACAGGUCUCAUGCUGAAUAUUUUAACGAGUUGAAAGCCCUUGUGUCCAGUUUCACAAAACAGGUGACGUGUGAGAACCCCAGAGAGAAAGGAGAGGUCCCUGACGCCAAGGCGGUGUGGCUAAAGGUCAUCAAACGCAAGUGGAAGGAACCCAGGUGGACAGGUCCAUACGAGGUGAUAGGGCGGACGGCUACAGCGGUCCAGCUGAAAGGGAAAGGCGACACCUGGUUCCAUUGGACGCAGUGUGCGGUAGCAGACGAGAGCCUAGUGGACGAGGACUCGGCUCCACCGGACACGGGGGGCAACGAAUCUAAGAGGCAAAAUAAAUCCUCUCCCCCGUGCAACGGGCCGAUCGGUAGUCUACCCGAAAGGCCGAAGCAAGAAGAACCGCUGAGGAGGAGGUCGCCGCGCCUGCAGAAAGGAGCAAUCACAAACUGA